AAUUCUCACAUCAUCUUCAGAUCUCCAGCCCUCGCAACAUCAAGCCUUUCCCGCAAUUCUGCCCACUCAAACUACGGCAGCACAGAACGUUUCUUCUCAGUCAAUUCUUUUUUGAAAAUUUCUUCAAGCUAUGGCGACUACUCGUUUCCUCUCGGCGCUUUUGGCGAUACUCGCCCUCUCAUGCCUAGCUGACGCCAGAAAUCUCCAAGUGAUCAACCCCGGAAUCCCCGCCGUCGAGCCGCAGACCGUCGAAACCACCCCCGUCCCCGGAACUACCGCCCCCGCUGGCCUCGCCACAAUCGCAGCCGUGCCGACCCCCAAAGCGAGCACCCCCGCGCCCACGGCGGCCGCUCCCACUCCCAAAGGCAAGGUCCCGGCGGCUCAGGCUGCUCCUGGCGGAAAGCCGCAGGGCGCAGGCGGUGCAGGCGCAAUCCGCGGGGCGCCUAAGGCGCAUCCCGCCCCCAUCCCCGCGGGCUUCGGGGAGUACAAGGGGAAGGUGCUUGGGCGGCAGGUGACGCAAGUGGGGACCGUUCUCCGCGGGUCGUCCGUCGUCGGCGCAACCCCCGGCGAUGCGGAAGCGACGGGAAAUGCGAUCCUGACCGUCUAUAAGAACGGGCCCAAGGUCAACAUUAAGUACGUCGUCUCCGUGCGACGUUUGUCCGUGGCGGGACCGCCGACCGCUGCGUCGAUUAACAAGGCCGCCAGCACCGCGGUUGGGCCCGCUGUGAUCAGUUUCGCAGGAGCCGAGUGGGUGGACACGACGGGUGUCGAUCGGACGAAGGCUGGCGCUUCCGCACCUGCGGGUAACUACAUCAGCUAUGCGACGACCGGAGUGUGGGAAGACGUCGCCAAAAUUCGCACGGUCUCUGGCGAGCCCCUUUCGACCGCGUUCGCGAAAGUUAUGACUGCCCCGGAGAGCUUCUACGUGACUGUGUCGACGCCGAGUUUCCCCACGGGGGCGGCGCGCGGGCAGCUGCGGAAGGGCACUGGCGCAACUGUGCUUCCGCCCGGCCACCAGCGCCAGUGGGAGGAGAAGCAGAAGGCGGCGAAAAAGCCCGCCAACUGAUAAACCCCAUUUCUAACGGACGCGAUCUGCUGCGAGGAUCCGAUCUGAUUCUGCCGAAUCCCGGCGCUGCCAGCCUUAGUGGUUUAGUGAUUCAGUUAGUUAGCUGGCAUGUCAUUUUGCCAAGCCUAUGACACACGGUAGAAGCUAUCCUCUCUAACUGAAGUUUGGAUUUACUUUUCCCUCGG